AUGCAGAUAACUAUGUUACUAGUGCUUAAUAUGCAAAUGUUGACAAGAGUUAGAGCACUGCCUGUCACAAACUCACGUAGAUGCAUUGAAAGAAUCCGGCCUUCUGGUCAACGACAGGAUGCUGAAAAAUUGACUCAUUUUUCUGGCAAGGAGGCUAUUGGUGAUUUAAAGAAAACAUCACCCAGGUUGGAUGUUCUCAAGACAAGGAAAAGAAGUGCUGUUGAUUCAAUGGAUCGAUUUGCAAUGAGAUGUAAGUUUUUUGCCCGCGGUUGGUGCAUCAAAGGGGACUCCUGUAGAUUUCUUCACACAAAGCAGAAUGUCACUAGCCAUGUGACAAGAAAAAUUCCACAUGACAAAGGUUUGGAAGAGAAGUCACUGCUGGAUGGUUCUUCUCAUUCAGGAGAAAAUCUAAGAUUGAAAGGUGGCGAGGAUAGUCUCUAUACGAAUUCCCAAUUGGGAUACACCUCUAAGUCUCCAGCAUUUCCUUCUUCCAUAGCCGGAUAUUCUUGGAAUAAUGAUUUAUCACAGGACACGCGAUACUCAUCUGAUUACACAACUUCUGAUGAUUGGGAGCCAUCUGUUCCUUUUCGACCAUCAUUCUUGCUUAGUCAAAUGAUCGGAUAUCCUAAAAGUAUUCUAUAUGAUGGUAUUCAUGAUAGUAUUGAUCAAAGUAAUGUAGGAGAUGGAUCCUUCUCUGUAUUAACCAAGCAUAUGCAGGCAAAUGCUGAUCCAGCUUCAACAGGAACAAAUAAAGUUGAAAUUUCUGGUCAUAGUGAUAUAUUGCCUGAGAAAGAUUUGCCUAGUGAUGAUACAGAAGUUUCUCACCAAGAAAACAUGAAUACCUCUUUAAAAGAAGACAAGCAUUUAGAAUCUGAGAGGUUCACAUCUGGAAAUGAAAUUGAUAUUGACAACAAAUGUGUGAACACAGAGUCGACCGUUUUGAAGAAUUUUCAUGCUGCUCUUGUGGAAUUUGUUAAAGAACUAUUAAGGCCAACUUGGAAUGAAGGUCUCAUAAGUAAGGAUGCUUACAAGAAGGUAGUAAAGAAGACAGUUGAUAAAGUUGAAAACUCUUUGCAUCCAAAUCAGAUUCCUAAUACGGCUGAAUCAACCGAAGAUUAUUUUGAUUUAUCUCUCCCAAAACUUACUAACACCAUUGAGGUGAGGCAUAAGAAGUGGUUCAUGGAUAAAACUGGAAAAUCAUUUGGUUUUAAAGAUGAGGUGUCUCAUGAAGCACCAUCAAAGAGGAUCAAGGCUGAUCCAUAA